AUCGUCUCACUGACGAAUGUCAGUGUUCUGGCGACGUGUUUUACGAGUUGUUCUGUUUACGGUAAAGACAUGUUCUUCAUGCAAGCUAGAUCCCAGCUGACGAUUGGAGUUACAAAUUAUUUCCUUUGAUAGACAGAUUUCUUCUUGAAAGCAGCAAUGAUUGAACCUACAGAGAAUGAGAGGAAAUCCCAGCUCCUUUCGACAUACCUGGAUAAAAACGUUAUGGGAACGAAAGAGGAAAUUAAUAUUUGGCGGAAGGCAAUAUUGUUAAAUGAGCGUUUGAGAAACAUAGACAAUUAUCCUCUUUUUACCAUUGAAGUUGGAAGCUACGGAGAAGGACUUCAUUUAAAAGGUUCUGACAGAGACAGAAUGAUAGUAGACCAGAUGGUGUUGGCAAUAUAUCCAGAUCAGUAUAUUCCUAAACACAUGGCAGGCAAAACCAUUUUGCUUAUACGAGAGGGGGAUUGUCGGCCAGGUUAUGUGAAUUUAGAGCUGCAUCAGCUAGGACAUAUCCAUUACAAAUCCAUAUCUAAUUCACUUGUUAGCGUCGGUAGUUCAAUAUUUCUAUCAAGUGAUAUCUACAGAGAGCAACAUGUGCGUAGCGUUGGUGCAGUAGUUGGUGUUGCGUAUGAAUCGAAUGGGCCUAGCUCUUCCACGAGGUUAAUGGGAGAAUUGGAUUCCGUUCAUUGCUUUCCAUGUAACAGUUGGCCAAGGGAGGCGAGAGAAUGGAUCACACGUACACGUCUGUAUGGAUGGCCGUGUCAAACCUUAAUAGACAAGAUUGUUCAGAAUGGAUGUCAUCUUGUUCCAGUUGGAGAUAAAUGUUCUGAAGACACACUUCUACAAUGGAAAAUUUCAUUUGCACCAGCAGAAAGAUCUUUAGUGCACUCAUUUAGUCAUGUCCAACUCAAAGUUUACGGUCUGCUGAAAUAUUUCUUAAAACAAAUAAAAGGCACAUUAAAAGAUACCAUCGGGGAUGACGACAUCUUAUGCUCCUAUUUCUUAAAAACGAUUCUUUUUCACGUAUUGGAGAAAACCGAAAAAUGGUUUUGGCAAGACCAAAAUCUGUUUUACUGUUUUUGGUUUUGUUUCAAUAUUCUGAUCGCUUCGGUCAAGGCAGGAUUCUGUCCCAAUUACUUCAUUCCUGACAACAACUUGUUCCAAAGAAAAAUACAUGGGCAGCAUCAACAAAUAUUGCUGGACGUUUUAAACCGAUACAGUCAGAUGAAAUGGAUGUGUUUGUCCGUAGGUAGCUACUUCCAACCUGUAUCAAAGAUUCUGUCCGACUCAUCAAUGAAAGCUCAUCUUGAACGCCCAUCACCUCUUUGGGAAACUGUAUUGAGACGGGAUAUUACAACAUCAAAGGUCCUACCAAUCUCGAUGUGGAUCGAACGCCUCACGCUAAAGUCGGUGAAGGCAGCAAUACAGUUAUUACCAACGUCAGGAACAGAUUUUGAUGACAAUUACACGUAUUUCUAUGCAAUGAAAGGCCUACAAAUAUUUGCAACAGAACGGAUUUUUCCAUACCACUUAGCUGCCCAACAGAACAAGACAAAGUACGAGAGAUUAAGGAAAUGUAAACACUGGAUGACUCAUCAAGCUGUAAUGGGUACGGACAUGUUGUAUUUGGCAACUUUCCAUUAUCUUACGGGUGCUUUCGGUAAAUCUCUGGAGGUGAGCAAACAAGUGAUGACACUGGCAUCAUAUUAUGUAGCUGGUUAUAUUGACAGCCAUCCACAACUACGAGAAAUGUACAGACAUGAGAGUCUUCACCAACGAGAAUUAUAUGAAAGACUGAAGAAAAUAUAUACACAGUUCCUGAUAUUUCAUCAUAAUAGGAUGUAUCUUCCUCAUUUGAGUCUAGAGUUGUUCAGAGAACAUAGAUGUAUACAAAUUCCACCACUGCCCUAUGCCUUGUUUCUGACCUUCGUGUGCUGUCACGAGCUUGGACAUACCAGAAAACGCGAUGCAGCACUACAAAGCCUGAUAAAGGUCCAGUAUGAUAUUGAACAAGGAGGAAAAAAUUUCUGGAUAGUUCACACUCUCAUUGGAAUCUGUUACCAGACUCUCGGGGACUAUCACGGGGCAUGCAGGGCUUAUUGGGCGUCAGCACAGUGGUCUGAGGAUCCUCUUAGUAAAUGGAAUACUGCCAUUGAACGAAUAGCUGUGGUGUAUCUCUGUAUGUACGUCAUACAGAGAUCUGACAAAGAAUAGCCGUGGUGUAUCUGUAUGCAUGUCAUACAGAGAUCUGACAAAGAAUAGCUGUGGUGUAUCUCUGUAUGUAUGUCAUACAAUUCUGAUAAAAUGGACAGUGGUGUGAGUCAUGAUCGUACGUACGAUUGUACUUAAACUGCAUGAAAUGUUGUGUACGGAAGAUAUCGGAGACUGUAGAGGAUUGUGUAUAUCGCCAUCUACUUAUGCAUAAUGGAUUAUUAUGCGGAUAAAUGUCUAUAUAAUGUACCAUUGUGGAGACUGAAUUUGGGAGUUGCAAUCAAAGUUACUGCUUUGCAUGAUAAUGUUAAUCUGUUGUUUCUUGAUUUACU